AUGGCCGGCAGCGGCGGCGGCGGAUUUCGGUCCAAGGUAGAGCACUUCCUCUACAGUGGCGAGAAGAAGCAUGUCCUCGCUGGGAUGGCCAUCAUCGGCGUGAUCUUCGGGGCGCCGUGGGUCUACAUGAACAGAGGUAAAUUUGCCGUCCACCGACUCCGGCUCCUCGGGCAUCGAAAACCUUGGAAAAGUGUGGUAAUCAGUGAAAAACGGCAGCCUUCCUUUCGCCUGCCUGUGAUAGCAGCACGACGAUGUUGUUUGAAAUGGGAUUCGUUGCCCUACAAGUCCUAUUACCUGUGUUACCUGGAAUAUAAUGUCUCUUCUCCCUUUGUGGUGGAUUCGGGUUGAAUGACUAGGAGCGUGCCCAUCCCAAAUCUCUGAUUGGCUUCUGUAUGACGACACAUUUUGACAUUUUUUCUCCUUAGAAAGUUGUUGAUGUCACUCAUAAUUACUUAAAAAUCAUCAUUCCAGUUCAUUUGUAUCAUGUUUUACAUCAUCUGUCCCUUUUUAUUAAUGGCUCUUAGCCCGUUUAUUUUGUGCCGGAGAGUCUUUCAUCGGCAGCUUUCUGCACAAAGUAGAGAAAUGUAGACAAAUACAAACACAAUGGUGCCAAAGAAUCAUGAUCUGUAGCGGUGAGUAGCUGAGAUGUGUGAGGUGGGAUUCAACCGUAUUUAUUGGAGUUGCAGAGUUGAUAUAAAAGGAAGGUUUCUCAAUUUUGGAUCUUUGAGCCGUAUAAAUUCAAGGUCGGUAUGCCUUUUCUCGUGACAUUGAUGGGCUCUUUUUCUUUUAAUGGAAAGGUGCAGGAUAUUUUACAGCAUCUGUGAGUGAUAAGCAUCUGGGUUAUUCAGAUCGUAUCUUGCGUUGUUUUCUGUGUUGAAUGCCCAUAUUUCCCCCGCUGCCUGACCACCCUUCUUUCUAACAGGAGCGAAGCACCAGUCGCAUCAGGACUACUUGGAAAAGGCCGACAAAGCACGGAGCCAGAGGCUUUCUUCAGGUCAGCCGCCGGCCAAAUAG